AUGAGCCGGAAAGGCUUCGACGGAACACAGUAUAAUUUGGUUUUCUCUGACGAGUUCUCAACGGACGGUCGCACUUUCUGGCCGGGGGAUGACCCUUACUGGGAAGCUGUCGACUUGCAUUAUUGGGCCACUGGUAACUUGGAAUGGUUUGACCCCGACGCCAUCACGACAAACAACGGCAACCUGAACAUUACCCUCACUAAGGAAAUGAUCCACGACCUGAACUACCGGUCAGGAAUGCUUCAAUCAUGGAACAAAUUUUGUUUCACUGGAGGUUACAUCGAGGUUUCGAUCAGCUUGCCUGGAUCACCCAGAAUUUCUGGUUUCUGGCCAGGAGCUUGGACAAUGGGCAACCUCGGAAGAGCUGGUUAUGGCGCAACAACAGAUGGAACGUGGCCUUACUCUUACAACUCUUGUGACCUCGGGACUUUACAAAACCAAACUAACGUAGCUCGAACAGGACCAGCAGCUGCUUUGCGUGCGCCGGGUGGAGGGUCGUUGUCGUUCCUCCCCGGACAAAAGUUGUCUUCUUGUACUUGUCCAGGUGGCGACCAUCCAGGGCCUAGCGUAAAAGCCGGCAGGGGAUCCCCAGAGAUCGACAUUAUCGAAGCACAAAUCACGGCGCCCGGCAGCGGUGUGAAUAUUGGACAAGCCUCACAAUCCGUACAAUUCGCACCAUUCGAUGACGGAUACAAUUGGAAAGAGGAUGGAGCGACAGUUUAUAAUCCGCGAACUUCCGCCAUUAACACCUAUAAGGGCGGGAUUUAUCAAGAAGCCGUGUCCGUUGUUUCGACAACUGAUCAAACUGCAUAUGAAGCUACCGGCGGUAAAUUUCAAACAUUUGGAUUUGAAUAUACGACAGGUCCUAAAGGCUCGAUUACCUGGUCAGUUGGAGAUACUGCAACAUGGAGCAUGGCCUCAUCGGCUGUUGGACCCAAUCCAAACGUUCAGAUUUCGCAGCGAGUUGUUAGCGAAGAACCUAUGUAUAUUAUUCUGAACCUGGCUAUUUCUGAAGCAUUCCAGACGGUCGAUGUUGCACAUCUGCCGACACCAGCUCGAAUGCUAGUUGAUUACGUGCGGGUGUACCAGAAACAAGGACAAGAGAACAUUGGUUGUUCACCGAAGAAUUUUCCAACUGAAAGUUACAUCAACAAGCACAUUAACGCUUACACCAAUCCAAACCUGACUACUUGGGAUCAAGCUGGUUACACAUUUCCCAAAAAUUCACUUACAGGCUGCUAA